AUUAUUGAAUUAUGUUCAUUUUCGAUACUGAUCUAAAGUGAUUCGGACCUCGUUCCCGAUCGGUACAGCAGAAGUUCACAAAAUCACCUACCAACAAAAUCACCUUGCCCCGUCUCCCUCCCUCACUCUUCCUAGUACCAUAGCUUUAGCACCAAGCGCUCUCUCUCUCUCUCUCUCUAAACCUUCUCUGCGCUGCUCAGUUUCUGUCUCCUUCUCUCUCUAACAGAUCUCUGAGCCUCUCUGCAGCAGCAGCCUCCAAGAAUCAUGGGAGUGAGCAAUAACAUAACGGCCUUCCUGAACUUCAUGGCCUUCCUCAGCUCCAUCCCCAUCAUCGCCGCCGGCAUAUGGCUCGCCUCCAAGGCCGACAACCAGUGCACCCACUACUUCCGGUGGCCCAUCGUCAUCCUCGGAACCCUCGUCCUCCUCGUCUCCCUCGCCGGCUUCGUCGGCGCCUACUGGAACAAGCAGGGCCUCCUCGCCGUCUACCUCUUCUGUAUGGCCCUCCUCAUCGGCCUCCUCCUCAUCAUCCUCAUCUUCGCCUUUGUCGUCACCCGCCCCGAUGGCAGCUACCCCGUCCCUGGCCGCGCUUACAGAGAGUAUCGGCUCGAGGGGUUCUCCUCCUGGCUGAGGAACCACCUCAUCGAUUCCGAGCACUGGGUCAAGAUUAGGACCUGCCUUGCCGAGUCCGAUACCUGUACUAAGCUGAACCAGGGUUACAUCACGGCCGAUCAGUUCUUCGCUGCUCGCAUCUCCCCUCUUCAGUCGGGAUGCUGUAAACCUCCCACUGCGUGCGGCUACAGCUACGUGAACCCGACGGUGUGGACGAACCCGGUUAACCCGAAUGCAGACACGGACUGCUACGUGUGGAACAAUGACCAGAGCCAGCUCUGCUACAACUGCAACUCUUGCAAGGCCGGUCUCCUGGGGAACCUCCGGAAAGAGUGGAGGAAAGCGAACGUGAUCCUGAUCGUGGCCGUGGUGGUCCUCAUCUGGGUCUACCUCAUCGCGUGUAGCGCCUUCAGGAAUGCCCAGACCGAGGAGCUCUUCCAUAGGUACAAGCAAGGGUGGGCUAGAUGAACUUGGCCUCAGUUAUCCAGCAGUCAACCGUUACAACCAUCGAAGUCGUCUCGGAUUUCAGAAAAGAUCCUUUGGGUAGAUAGAGUCUAGACUAGAAGCACACUCGAAAAUAGUCCCUUCUCUUUGUCUUGUUGGGUUGGAUUACUUAGCUUCUUUCCGUGUGGGUGUGUGUCGAUCAGUGUAUAUAUGUUUCUGUGCUUUGUUUCUUAUGUAAAUUGUGUUCAAUUCUAUUAUAUGAGAGACCAUUCCAUGCAUUCUUUUC